ACUAAAUGUUCAGUCAAUGGUUGCUCGCGAGAUAGAACGCAUGUCCGUUGUGUUAUAAAACCGGUGUUGCGCGGGAGUUGAUACGUUUUUGUUUUUACUAAAUUUUGAUAGUGACAGUUGCAGUGUAUCUCCAGUGGAUGAAACUGAGAACUGAAAGCGAAACUCAAACAUCUACGUGUGCAGAUAAUCGGAGAGAGCAUGCUGACUAGACUGCUGACGAUAGCACUGGUGGCAGCGAGCUGGCGCACCAGCGACGCUUGUUCGUGCACGCUUGAACAUCCACAGACACACUUUUGUAACAGUGACUUUGUAAUUGUUGGACGAGUUCAAAGAUUGUUUAGAGGCAAAGAUUUCUACGACGCUUACAAAGUGAAAAUCCGAAGCGUUUUUAAGGCAACUCCAAAGGCAGCUUUAGCUUUAAAAUCAGGUCGAAUUUUGACGCCUUCACAGGAUUCAUUAUGCGGUGUUAGCCUACAGCCUCGAGAGACCUAUGUCAUUACGGGUCGCGUGAUGCACCUGCAAGCACACGUCCAGCUGUGUAGCUACAUCAACAAAUGGCGGGAGGUCACGCCUAGACAGAGGAAAGGCUUCCGUGUUUUGUAUAGACAGGGCUGCACGUGCAAGGUGCACAUAAACCGACGCAGUACGAAGUCUCCAAACACAUGUGUCGCAGGCUUCGACGAGUGCUACGAACGACACGGCAUCUGCUUACACGAUAGGGACAGGCGGUGCAGGUGGACUAGAGCACCAGCCCUGACCAGGUGUCUACAGAAGCAAUAUCACAACAAUAACAGCACUAUGACUUGAUUCACGAAACGAAUUAUUAAAAUAAUUAAAAAGAGGAAUGGUCAUUUUGUACCCUAUGGCGAGAUAACAACACAAAUUAUAAUGAAAGAAUAUAUUUAAAAAGAUCCAUUAAAUGUUGAUAUUACAAGAACGACGCUAAAGCAGUAGUAAAAGAUUGAAACUCUCGUUUCUUUAGAUAGGAAAUAACUUCAUGUUUAUUGCGCUU